UUCCCAUGAGACCAGUCGUAUCCUACGAUGAUAUCGUCCCAGAUCCUCAUUCAUCCAUGAAUACUGACUCACGGCCGCCAGCAAAGAAACCCAAAACGAACGGAAAUGCCUCUGUUGCAUUUGAGCAUAGUAGAGAGCUCACUCAUGCCGAAAUUUGGAACGAUUCUGUGCUUAUUGAUGCAUGGGAGGCCGUCCAUGAAGAGUAUGCGGCCUAUCAUGGGGGUGAUACUGCCUUGAAGACAAAUCCUACUAAAAGGUCACCACUAUGGUACAAUGUCCCCGUUAGUGAUGAUUCAAAGGUUGAAGAAGACGACACUGAAAAUUUGUCAUUCCCGGAAGAGGAAGACGACGACGACGACGAGGCAGAUGACGACGACUCGAAAUCCAUCGACUUCAAGACAUUCGUUCCAUCUCAUGAUGCCUCCCUAAAUUCAGGAGAAGACUUGGUUACUGAUGCAUCGUCCAGUCCUCCCCAGCCACCUGCAGAGACAGUUUCGCAGGAUGAGGCAUUUACAAGGGCAGUCAACGCAAUGUACUGGGCUGGAUACUGGACCGCUAUGUACCAGUGUCAGAGAAAUAAUGUUGUCGAUGCAGAGGAGGGUGAAGUUGAAGGCAUGGUCUCUGAAUUUGUUUCGACACAGCGAUGAUGGAGUUUGGUACCAAUGUAAAAGGCCUUGGCAUCCAGGUCGACCAGAAGAACUCUGGCGCAAGCGACAGCGCCGCUCUGCCUUUGGCCUAUCUUUGUCGAUGUAUCGCAUCAGUACCUGCAAAGUC